UGUGUGUGCGUUGUUACAGUUACGACUCGCUGGUGGGGAGCAAAGAGGCUAGACUACGCGCUGUACUGCCCCGAGGCCCUCACAGCCUUCCCCUCCAUGACUCUGCCAUACCUGUUCCACGCCAGCUACUGGGAGUCCACUGAUGUCAUCGCCUUCAUACUCAGACAGGUUGUGCGAGUGGAGAAUGUGAGCAUUCGCAUCGGAGACGGGGAGGAAGUCGCUCUCUUCAGCCCGACCCAACCUCGCGAGCGCUGGCUCAAGCGACGCACGGCCGUCAAAAUUAAGAACAUGACGGCCAAUCACAGAGCAGCUGACAGCGUGACGCUGCAGAACACCGGCCAAUCGCUGACGGCGAGGUUUAUGUACGGCCCACUCGACAUGGUGGCUCUCACGGGGGAGAAGGUGGAUGUGUACAUCAUGCUGAAGCCACCUGCGGGAGAGUGGGUUCACUUUGACACAAUCGUGACUAACAACCACGGCCGGAUCCACUACUCCGUACCGAAGGACCGAAUGCUCGGCUGCGGGAUCUACCCCGUCAAAAUGAUCGUCAGGGGAGACCACACGUCUGCUGACAGCUUCCUGACGGUGAUCCUGCCGCGGACGGAGUGCGUCGUGUUCAGCAUCGACGGGUCCUUCACAGCCUCCGUCUCCAUCAUGGGCCGUGACCCCAAGGUCCGGGCGGGGGCCGUCGACGUCGUCAGGCACUGGCAGGAGUUAGGCUACCUGAUCGUGUACGUGACCGGGCGCCCGGACAUGCAGAAGCACCAGGUGGUCUCAUGGCUGGCACAGCACAACUUUCCGCACGGCGUCGUGUCCUUCUGCGAUGGGCUAUCCCAUGACCCUCUCCGGCAGAAAGCCAACUACCUCAGGAAUCUCGUGCAAGAGGUGGAGAUCGUGGUCCAUGCAGCCUACGGUUCAGUGAAGGACAUUCCGGUCUACACGUCUCUGGGCCUGGACAGUUCUCGCCUCUUCAUCGUGGGGAGACCCAACAAGAAGAACCAACAUCAGGCUCAGUUUAUAACCGAAGGCUAUGCGGUCCACCUGUCCCACGUGCUGCACCAGCCGGCCAGCCAACCAGCCAAAGCCGGCGCCUGCAUGGUUCUGCACAAAGGCUGCUUCGGGCUGCCCGGACAGGCCAAGGGGCUGAUCCGACCAAUGGCAGGCCGGCAGGCAGCCACACAGGCGGCACCCUCUAGCCACUGAUGUUGGAACUGCAGCAACCAUGCAGCCAGCCAAGCUCUGCACAGGCGGCGCCCUCUAGUCAGUGAUGUUGGAACUGCAGUCAGCCAGGAGAUAUUGUGUGUGACUGUGUGCUUGUGCAAUAUGUUCAUGUGUGUGUUUGUACAUGUGCAUGUAAGUGUGUGAGAGUUAUGUAUAUGUGUGUGUGUGUGUAUGUGUGUGUGUGUUUACAGGAAAAUUCAUGGCCAAUGUCAGGCUGCCAUGUUUUGUUGACAAGUUUUGUUGGAGAUAGAACCCCGGCCUGAUGAUGAUGAUGAGAUGGUGCCAUGAGGCCAUAGUGAGGUCAUACAUUCCUUAUGGGAGUGUCAGUUGAGUGCCAAAAACAUGAUGCAAACUUUCCUUAAAAAGUGUUUGCAGAAUGAGUCAGGCCAGGUACACACAGGGUCAUGGCAGAAAAUUGCAGCUUUGCCCACCCAGGUCCUAUUUCUCACUUUCUUUUUAUGUCCCGUUUUGUUUGAGCCAUAUAUUUAUUUAUUUCAUUACUUAUUAUGUAUCACCAUCGUUCAUUUGUCAAUAUUUGUGGACAUAUCACAUUUCACUUAACAAAACAUAUCAUGAUUCAAUUCUAUAUUUUUGUGGGGACAACAUCAAGAAUCAUACUGUCUUGCCUUUCCAUACGUACGAUUGUUGCAGAAUGACAUAUGUUUACUGGCAAAACUUAUACAUGCCAUUCUAAAUGGACAGUUCCAAUGUUGCCUAUUGAUAUCAUUUCCUUUUCUUGUUUUUCUUUGCCAUGUUUCUAGACAUGGUGCGCCAUCCUGGGAAAACGUUGUUAACCAUUAUCUAUAGCAUGUAACAAACAGAUCCAAAUCAAUAUGCAUUAAGGCUUGUCAGGGCCGUCUUAAGUCACGUAUAUGUUUGGCAUCACCUGUAGAUAUUUCUUGAUGAUAAAUCUGGACUUGGUUCAGAACAGGAGACGCUGCACUACUGAUUUAAAAAGCAGCAUGCUUCACCGCAAAUCAGGAUAACAAAGGAAGAAAAUAUUAAUGUGAACAAAGAGGUAUCAACUAUGCUGUAAUUUGUCAGUUUCGGUGUUGUAUUGGCGCAAAAUGUAGCCAAAAUUGUCUGGCCAUUAGGUAACAUUCCCGGGUGUGGCGAUAUUUUGAAAUUGUAACACCCGAACUAAAAUGAAGUGUCUAAAUUGUAUGCUGCAUUUGUGUAGGAAGAUGAAAAAUAUAUGCAUAAUAUAGAUAUGUAUAUAUAUUAGAACAGAAACAUUUAUGUAAAAUAUAUACAUAACAUUAUAUAUAUAUAUGAUAUUAUAUAUGUGUGUCUGUGUGUGUGUAAAAGUAUCUAUUAGUAAGUGCUAAGUAAUUGUACCCACUUCAUGUUAGUUGCUGAUCUUAAGUUGUUUGAGAUUUGGGGAGGGUCAGAAUCCUUGCCAACCCAGCUUGUUUAAUUUUGUUAAUUUUACCAGGCAAUGAUGUAUUUUAUCCUGUGCAAUUGCCCAUGAGAUACGGAAACACCACUGGAAAGUCACCAUAAAAACAGAGCCUGAGGAAAAGUCUGUACUUUUGUGCACAAAGUUUCAGGGAAAGAGUUUAGCCAGGUGCAACUUUUCCCCAGCUUCUGUUUUUCUACAAAAUAAUAGAUAAAAUUCAAUGUGGCAAUCAAAAAGGUUUUUAAUUUAGCAUAAUUAUGUCAAUGUAACGAUGAUGUUCUUUAUUUUUCAUGUGUAUCACAUUUUGUCCCAGGGAUCUUUGUUGCACACGUGCUCAGUUUUUGUUGUGAAGCUGUUAUUAUAUAUAUUUUUUUAAAAGUUGAAGACUGCACCACAACCACCCGCACAGUAUUAGUUUGGCUCUUAUUGCACAAAUAAACCAGAAU